AUGGUCAUCCAUAUGAGGGAAGGACAAGUGGUUAGAUACAAGGUGAACGCGAAGGCCGGCAUGGUUAGGAAUAACAUGACCCUGAUAAGAUGUCCGUGUCAAAAAUGCGGACUCCGGCAGUGGAUCGACCCUGAUUCUGGACAACUGGAGGAACACCUGCUCAGGCGCGGUUUCAUGCUCGGCUUCAACGAGGAGCCGGCGGUAAAUGUUGGUCAUGAAGAAGAGGCCGACAUCGGGCGAGAAGACGAAGAGUCUCCCGAACAUGGUGUUCAUCAUGAGGAAGGAGAGGCCGAUGAAGGAGAUGAUGAUGCCGGAGGAGAUGGUGGUGGAGAUGCCGAGAGCACGCAGACGCCGCUAAUGUCGGCCUUGCGGGACCCUCAUGUUCAAGAGCUUCUCCUGAAGGACACGGGCAACGCCAAACCUGAAGCCAAGCUGGCGCAAAUGGAGGUAGACGGGAUGACUCCAUUGUAUCCAGGGUGCCGGCCCGAGGAUACACGCUUGAGUGUAACGCUCGAGUGUCUGGAGAUGAAGGCGGAACACAAAUGGACCGACAACAGCUUCAGCGAUAACAUGAAAUCCUGGCAUGCUCGUCUUCCCAAGGACAACACAUUGCCAACAAGUAUCGACGAGGCCAAGAAAGUAGUUUGCCCACUCGACCUACUGCACGUAAAGUACCACGCAUGCAUCAAUGAUUGUGCACUUUUUCGGAAUGAGUACAAGGACAGAACCACAUGUCCGGUGUGCGGCCAAGGACGGUACAAGAGAGGGAACAAGAAAGUUCCUCUGAAAGUUGUCUGGUACUUUCCUAUCACUCCCCGUCUGCAUCGGUAUUUCGUAGAUCCUAAGGAAGCAAAGCUUAUGCAAUGGCACGCGGAAAGGGAGAAGCCCGCAGAUGAUCUGGAGAAGGGCAAGAUCCUGACACACCCUGCAGACGCUAGCCAGUGGAAUGCGUUGGACAUUGAGUUCGCAGAUGAGUUCGGGAGCGAACCGAGGAACGUUCGUCUGGGCAUGAGCACCGACGGACUCAAUCCCUUUGGAAACCAGAGUAGCAUGCAUAACACCUGGUCCGUGUUUGUAUGGCCAUACAACCUCCCCCUGGCUAUGCACAAAGCAGCGGUGAACCACGGAUUCAAGGCAUGUGUCAAGUGCAUGGAUAAGACCCCGCAUCUGCAGCUGCCGAAGGAUCCCGGGUCUUCUAAAACUGUGUUCCAAGGGACUCGAAUGUGGCUUCUCUUCGAUCACCCGUGGAGAAAACGCAAGGAUAUGUUCAAUGGCGAAGAGGAGCUCGGAAGAGCCCCACGACCGAGGAGCGGCGAAGAAAUAUCCGAGCUUUUGGAAAAUUGGGAAGACCUCGAUGUCAUGCACAUCACAAAAAAUGUUACCGAGAGCCUACUUGGCACUCUGAUGAACAUGCCGGAGAGGACCAAGGAUGGCCCGAAAGCAAGAACCGACCUAAAAUUGCUUGGCCUCAAGAAAGAAUUUCAGUACCCCACCGAUAGUGAUGAUGAUGAUGAACAGACAGAAACGACUCAGGGUCGCCACAAAAGGGCUAAGAAGAAUGAGGUGCUUAAACCUGCCUGCUUCACUCUGAGCGAGGAGGAGCUCGAGAGGUUUUUCGAGUGCCUCCUAGGAAUACUUCCCGUUGCGAUGCGAGGGAUAAUGGACGACCACUUCCGCGAGACGCUGUUUGGCCUCUGCAACUUCUUCGACAUCAUCUCUAGGAAGUCCAUCGGCGUUAAGCAGCUCAACAGGGUACAAGAAGAGAUCGUCGAGAUACUAUGCGAGCUCGAGAUUUACUUCCCGGCCGCAUUCUUCGACAUCAUGGUGCAUCUGCUUGUCCAUGUAGUGGAUGACAUCAUCCACCUCGGGCCGACAUUCCUGCACAACAUGAUGCCAUUCGAAAGGAAGUACCUAAGCACCGAGAACGAGGAUGUCGGCAGGCUAGCAGGCUUUGGUCACCGCGAGGGCUACCGCGCAAUGCAUGUCGGCAUCGCUGGUCGACACGCCGACUUUGACAGGGCACACCGAGUCGCGCUACAACACAUAGAAUUGGUCAGCCCUUGGGUGGAUAAGCACAAAAGCUUAAUCGAGCAGAAGUUCAUCGACCUAGGACGGCCGAGGAAAACGGGGGACGUUACGAAAGAGCACAACUCCAGCUUCACGGGGUGGUUCAAGAAAAGGCUACUGGAAAGUCCCACGCCGACGCCUUCUACUGAAGAGCAGAAACUCAUAUUCUCCCUGUCACAGGAACCCGGGCACAACACUGAUGUCAAGGAAAGAUUCUACGGAAGGAUCGAGGAGAUUUGGGAACUCGACUACGUUGGAGAGACGAUGCCGAUGUUCCGUGUGAGAUGGGCCAAGAGCGUCGAAAAAGAUGGACUAUAUUUCACCACCAUGUGCGCCACGAAAGUUGAAAUUCUGUGGCGCACAUGGGGCUUCGUGCGCCACAUAAUUCCAACACUUAGCCAUAUUUCUUCCUCGCCCCCUUUCUUCCUCGCACCUUUCUUCCCCAAUUCAACCGCCGCCAACCCUAGCGCCCGACGCUGUCGUGCAACCACCGCCGCGCUCGCCCGCUACUGCUCGCCCGCCGCCCGCCGCCGCGCCCGGAUCGAGGAUCCCGCCGUGCUCGCCUUCUCCCGCUGCUGCUCGCCCGCCGCCCGCCGCCCGUGCCCAGAGGAUCCCGCCGCGCUCGCCCUCGCCCACUGCUGCUCGCCCGCCCGGAGGAGCAAGAGGAGCGCCGCCCGCCGCCCGAGCCCUCGCCUCGUCGACGACCACCAAGCAGGGGAGGUUCUGCAGUUGGGUACUGCUUUUCCUAGUAAUUUAACUAAUCCUUUGAGACAGGCUGUAGCUUUAGGUUCUUCCACAAUUUGA